AUGUCGCCGAAGAACUGUUCGCUUUGUCAAAAUGCCCGUGCGAUUGUGAAAAGGCCGAAGACGGGCCAACAGAUCUGCAAAGACUGCUUUUUCUACGUAUUCGAGACCGAAGUGCACAACACCAUCACUGAGGCGAAGCUAUUCAAACAUGGUGAUAGGGUUGCAAUUGGAGCUUCAGGAGGCAAAGACUCCACGGUCCUCGCAUAUGUUAUGAAGACGCUCAACGAUCGAUAUAGUUAUGGUCUGGAGUUAUUCCUUCUCUCAAUAGAUGAGGGAAUCACCGGUUAUAGAGAUGAUUCACUAGAGACUGUCAAGCGUAAUCAACAGCAGUAUGAUAUGCCUUUGAAGAUCCUCUCGUACGACGAACUAUAUGGCUGGACUAUGGACCGAAUUGUAUCAACCAUUGGAAAGAAAAAUAACUGUACUUUUUGCGGUGUAUUUCGACGACAGGCGUUGGACCGUGGCGCAUCGGCGCUGAAUGUCGACCAUAUUGUGACCGGUCACAAUGCGGACGAUAUCGCAGAGACCGUACUAAUGAACAUAAUGAGGGGAGAUAUUGCUAGACUAGGACGGUGUACGUCGAUAUGUACACAGGGAGAGGACACGAUCAGGCGAUCCAAACCCUUUAAAUAUGCUUAUGAGAAAGAGAUCGUUAUGUACGCCUACUUCAAAAAGCUCGACUACUUCUCCACAGAAUGCAUAUACUCGCCCGAUGCAUACCGCGGACACGCCCGCACAUUUCUCAAAGACCUUGAGGCCGCACGACCUAGUUCCAUCAUCGAUAUCAUUCAUUCUGGAGAGGCAUUCGAAGUGAAAGACGAAGUGAAAGCGACACAGAAAGCUCAACAAACAUGCAAACGGUGUGGAUAUAUGUCAAGCAAUGAUCUUUGCAAGGCAUGCACGCUGCUUGAGGGUUUAGAGCGCGGUAUGGCUAAUGCCGCUAUUACUGACCGCGCUCAGCGAAAGGCCAAUAGCGAGAGCUCUGCGCCUGAUAAUCUACGCACAAUCCCAUUCUUCAAGAUGCCGCAUGGACCAGGCCCAUCUGUUCCCGUCGAAGCCCCAGCAUAGAUCGCGGUACACCGCCAGCGUAUGUUUGCUGUGUAUUUAGCGUGUCCUUGAGGGUAUAUAUUUAUUAUAUAUGUAGCAAUAUAUCUAAUACGGUCUGAACUUC